UGCAAGGAGCCGUCUCGAUCGCCCAUGUCGUACUAGUUGGACGUGCAGGCGCACCUGGCCCUGCCGUGCAAGACAUAGUUUGAAAAAUAGCACGCUAAAGGUUACAGCGGUGGUGCAACAGAGCUAUUUAAAAUGUUUGUUCACGUGUUUGGACGAAAGACCAUUAGCGCAGGACAUCUUCUAAACGCUAUAGCGCGCUAUUUAAAAGCAUGGUGCAAGAUGAGCGACUCCUCCCUUGCUCCGCCCGCGGUGUUCAUGGAGCUGCACGCCGGCAACCGCAAGCGCCUCGUCGCCGCGCUCAGAGCCCAUCUCUCCACCUCUGGCCGCCCUCUCCACGGCAUCGUCCUUCUCAAGGGCGGCGAGGAGCAGACUCUAUACUGCACCGACCGCGUCCCGCUCUUCAGGCAGGAGAGCUACUUCGCCUAUCUCUUCGGUGUGCGAGAGCCGGGGUUCUACGGUGCAGUGGACAUUGCCUCUGGACAAUCUAUCUUAUUUGCUCCAAGGUUGACACUUGACGAUGCAAUUUGGAAUGGUGAAAAAGAAUUGUCUUCUUUCAAGGAUAUGUACAGGGUCGAUUUUGUCUUCUAUGUUGAUGAUCUUGCACAGGUUCUCCGAUGUCAAUUUAGUGAGCAUGGAGAGCCCCUUCUCUUUCUCUUAUACGGAAAGAAUACUGACAGCGGAAAUUACUCAAAGCCUGCUAGUUUUGAGGGGAUAGAGAAGUUUGACACUGAUUUAAGCACGCUUCAUCCUAUCUUAACUGAAUGCCGUGUUAUAAAAUCUGACAUGGAGCUUGCAUUCAUUCAAUAUGCUAAUGAUGUCAGCUCCAAAGCACACAUUGAGGUUAUGAGGCAGAUAAAACCAGGCAUGAAGGAAUUUCAGUUAGAAAGCAUCUUUAUUCAUCAUGCAUCUAUGCACGAAGGCUGCCGACAUUGCUCCUACACAUGUAUAUGUGCUACUGGACACAACAGUUCUACUCUUCAUUAUGGACAUGCGGGUGCUCCAAAUGACCAGACGCUGAAUGAUGGAGACAUGGCUCUAAUGGACAUGGGAGCUGAAUAUAAUUUCUAUGGUUCUGACAUCACAUGUUCAUACCCUAUAAAUGGAAAAUUCAAAAGAAACCAGACGAUUGUAUACAAUGCUAUCCUCAGGGCUCAUAAUGAUGUGAUAUCACAUAUGCAACCCGGAGUAAGAUGGAUCGAUAUGCACAAGCUGGCAGAGCAGAGAAUACUUGAAUCUCUAAAGAAAGAAAAUAUUAUACAUGGUGAUAUUGGUGACAUGAUGAAUCAAAGGUUAGGGGCUGUUUUCAUGCCUCAUGGUCUUGGGCACUUACUUGGAAUUGACACCCACGAUCCCGGAGGCUACCCUAAGGGCUUAGAGAGGCCAAAGGAGCCUGGAUUGAGAUCCUUGCGGACAAUAAGAGAACUUAAAGAAGGCAUGGUUAUUACGGUCGAGCCAGGCUGUUAUUUCAUUGGCACUUUGCUGAGGCAUGCCAAGGAUGACCCGAUUUCCUCAAAGUUCUUCAACUGGGAAAAGAUAGAAAUGUACAAAAGCUUUGGCGGUGUUCGGAUUGAAAGUAAUCUGUAUGUGACGGCGCAAGGAUGCAAGAACCUAACAAACUGCCCCCGAGAGACCUGGGAAAUCGAGGCGGUAAUGGCUGGUGCGCCAUGGCCUUCACGUGAUGACUGUUCCAGUGCGACAACAACAAAGAAUGGCCUUCCCAAGACCUAAGCACUUCAAUUUGCCAUACCCUUGAGAGACAAAAAACAUAACAGUCAUAAUUUUAUGAAAUAUAGGGUGCUUUGAUGAACAGCGAGCCUCUCACAUGCUGUUGGUUUGGUUUAAGUUUGAUUAUAAGAUUUUUUAGAAAAGGAGGCUAAAGCCCCAGCCUCUUCAUCAAUCGAUGGAUACAUCCAUCUUUAUUAAUUAUUACCAAAGAUAUGACAAGAAUAUACAUCAAGCCACCCGAAGCCACCACUCACACUACAAACUCGAUAGAGUA